ACACAAUGCUCCGGCUACUGACUUCGCUCCUGUGUGUGGCUCUGGCCUCAGGCUGUGGCCGAUCUUUCUACAACCCUUCCAGCCGCGUGGUCAAUGGUGAGGAUGCUGUUCCUUACAGCUGGCCCUGGCAGGUCUCCCUGCAGUAUGAGAAAGAAGGGGCCUUCCGUCAUACCUGUGGUGGCACCCUCAUCACCCCCGAUUGGGUCCUGACUGCAGGACACUGUAUCUCGUCCUUGCUGACCUACCAGGUAGUGCUGGGUGAGUAUGACCGGUCCGUGGAAGAGGGGCCUGAGCAGGUGAUCCCCGUCAACCCUGAUGGUCUCUUCGUGCACCCCAAGUGGAAUGACAAAUGUGUGUCCUGUGGCAAUGACAUUGCUCUGGUCAAGCUCUCUCGAAGCGCUGAGCUAGGAGAUAAAGUCCAGCUCGCCUGCCUCCCCCCUGCCGGUGAAAUCCUACCCAAUGGAGAACCCUGCUACAUCAGCGGCUGGGGCCGUCUCUCCACUAACGGGCCUCUCCCUGACAAGCUGCAGCAGGCGCUGCUACCCGUGGUGGACUAUGCUCACUGCUCCAGGUGGGACUGGUGGGGCUUCAGUGUGAAGAAGACCAUGGUCUGUGCUGGCGGCGACACUGUCUCUGGCUGCAAUGGUGACUCUGGAGGACCCCUUAACUGCCCUGCUGGAGAUGGCACCUGGCAGGUCCACGGAGUGACGAGCUUUGUGUCUGGCUUUGGCUGCAACACCCGCAAGAAGCCCACGGUGUUCACACGGGUCUCAGCCUUCAACGAGUGGAUUGAGGAGACCAUUGCAAACAACUAGCAUCAAGGCCCAGCUGGCUGUGCCAAUCCCAAUUCCUUCAUAAAUAAAGAGUUUUCAGAAAGUC